UAUUAACUACAACGGCAACCUGACAGACAAAUAUCACUAACGCCCAUUAAGUAGCAAUAGGAAAUGAAUCGAGUCGUGAAAUUGGUUGCCUCUCUAUACCACUGACAGAAGAGACUGCCCUGCCACACCAGCACCUUCUCCCACUCUAUCGGCAUCUCCUCCGGGGCUCUUUGGGAUUAAAAUUUUCUGCUGCCUUUGUUCUCCGUUUAGAUUCAUCAUCUUUUUGGCAUCAUCGAAAUGGCAACGAAAAUCGACAAAGACGCUUGCAGAGAAGCAUACAAUCUAGUCCGAGACGACGCCACAGAUAUAUGCUGGGCUUCUUUUCAGUAUGACGGACCUAACAUUGUACCUGCGGGUCACGGGUCCGACUACGAAGAAUUCAAGAGUCAAUGCACAGAUGAUGCCCGUCUCUUUGGUUUCGUGAGGAUCACGACGGGUGAUGCCAUGAGCAAGCGGGCCAAGUUCACCCUCAUCACCUGGAUCGGUGAGAACGUCAGUGGACUACAACGAGCCAAGAUUAGCACUGACAAGACACUGGUGAAAGACAUCUGUCAGAACUUUGCCAAGGAGUUUAUGGUCAGUGAUCCACGGGAGUUGGAGAUGGACUACCUGCGUGAUGAGCUGAAGAAGGCCGGUGGGGCCAACUACGACGCCCAAGCCGAAUAGAACUUGGGGGCGGGCUUUCCGCAGGGGUUGGGGCAUCCAAACUGGAUGAGAAGGAAGAGGAAAACAUCAUCUCAUGCACACAUACCCACUCAAACACACAUUUACUUACCUCAUCCAUCUCACCAGUCUGGUCAUGGUUGAAUUAUCUACUGUACUGUGCAUCAUCUCACUUUUGUCUCAUCUAGUGCUAUGAGGUUAUCUUUUUCUUCAGGGGCAUUUUUGUAACUGUAAAUAGAGGUUGGAGGAUGCUCCUUUGGCUCAGAAUUGGCAUCACUGUGAUAUCAUUCAAUAGAGAGCAUAUGGGUACAGCAAAGUUAAUUUAGGGGCUUAUUAUGAAUCUUCACCUCCCUGCUGACUUCUCUAAUACAGACCACUGUGCUUACCGUCUUAAUCUCCCAUGGAGAGGAAGACAUCAUAGAAUGUGUGUAUUUGUGUAUGUUUGCAGACACUGCACUGUGACUGGCUAACUUGCAUGCAGGGGGCGGAGACUUAAAUGAGCUUAUAGCCUUUGAAGCAUUUUGAUUGGCUGUCGUGCUGUCUCUCCACACAGCCAAGGAGCAGCCACUUCUCUAUUGUAGCUUUCUUUUGAAUUAAAAUCCCCAAGAAUGUCUCUUUAAAGUAGGGUCGGGUUUAAGAAUAUGACCUGGUUCUUCCUUUGGAUUUAAAAUGCCUCCAGGAGCCAAGAAAAGAAAAAAGAUGGUCACAAAAGCAAUCAUUUCAGAAUAAAAUUGUUGUUUUUUCCAA